ACAGUCGUAAUAAAUGAUAGGUCAUGAUAGGUUAUGAAGUCACGUAUCCCUGCAUCAUUACAUAGCGCCGACGAUGACGAUUAAUAAUUCGAUCGUUCGUUUAACGGCAAGUAUAUCGGCAUGAAAGGACGUCGAUAAAGGGCAAUAUUCAACACACUGGGCCACGUGACGCUAUCCGAGAGAGUAAACAGCGAUUAAAGAGAGAUGUGCAUUAUUUGGAUUUUAGCAGUGGCAUUGACACCAGAUUUGUCCUAUUUGUUAUAUUCCGAGUGAACUUCAUAUCUUCAGUUUCCUUUUUCUCUCGAGCAUGGAUGUAUGUUCGGUUCAAGAAAGCGGCGGAAGAGGCACUGCUGAAUCAGAAUCUGACCAAGAAUGUCCUGAAAUUUCUAAUCGCAUCUUCCCAUUAGAGAAGAUGAGGGACUGGACUUAUACAAUGAGGAGACACAUGCAGGAAGUAGUACCUGGCGUAUUUCUCGGUCCUUACAGUGCUGCCAGUCGCUCCAAAUUGCAGUCUUUGCUUGACCAUGGAAUAACACACAUAGUUUGCGUCAGACAUACUAUCGAGGCAAACCUUAUAAGGCCAAACUUUCCCAACAGCUUCAAAUACCUAGUCUUGGAGAUCGCCGACACAAUAACGGAAAAUAUCAUUCAACAUUUCAAAAAGGUAAAGGCAUUCAUUGAUGAAGCCUUGAUUUCGGGCGGCCGAGUCUUAGUUCAUGGAAAUGCUGGUAUUUCGAGAUCCGCCGCAUUAGUCUUGGCAUAUGUUAUGGAAACGUAUGAACUUUCACAAACGCGCGCAUACAUAAUGGUGCAGGAAAGAAGAUUCUGUAUAAAUCCAAACGAAGGUUUUAUGACACAACUAAAGGAAUAUGAGCCCAUCUACCAAGCAGAGAAGACGCUGAAAAACGAUCAUCAAAGUUCGGAAAUUCAACGUAGCAAACGAACAUUCCAUCAGAUUGAAAUGGACAAUCGAUCGCAAGAUAUGGUCGAAAAUAUGAUGGACAGUUGAUGAUAAUUUAUAAAAAGUAGGGAGAAGACCAAAGUUACCAAGUAUUAGAUCGGAUAAACGAAAAUAUUUUUCCUUUUUUUAGUCGAGUUUCCUGUACUUUCUUUCAAUUCUUAUUUUUAUUUUAUUUUUUCUAUUCUUUACCCAUCGUUUUUACUAUAGUGUGUACAUAUUACGAUUUAAAAAAAAAUUAGUUUUAGCUAAAUCUGAAUACCAAUGUUGUUAGCUUUCAAUACCAACGACUAAUGUUUAACUCAAUAGUGAAAUAGUUACAAAGAAAAAAAUAUCAAGUUGGAACAUCUGACAAAGGAAAAUAUCUGACACAGAGUACUGAAUAAGACAUACUCACAGAUUAACGUAUAGAAUUACUCUGCA